CGUUCAAGCCGCGUAAUCUGUCCGACGAUAAAAAGCGAAUGCGGAAGUAGAGAGGAGUGAAUCAUUCGUGUACUCUUCGUUUUAUUUUAUUUGAAUACUUUAAUCUUAUUUUAAUAAUCACAAGCUAAACAAACAAAGACACCGAGUUACAUACAAUGCCCGUGUGUAAGUUAAUUGGUUGUACGGAGAGUGCGUUAGAAUGAUUAACGAUAACCGUGUACGGUCAUUUGCUACUCAGAGCCAGGCCUAUAAAGAGAAACACGGCCACCUGGUGGCCACGCGACAGACGAGCACUUCCCGUGACGCAGAGAAACGCGGUAAAACGAUAUUCCUGCGUGUAGAAGCACGGCAGCAGCAGCAGCAUGGCAUCCGACGGCACCAUGGCGAACGUUAACGGAAAAGAGGCCGUCUCCCUGAACGGGGAGCCGGUCGUGAAGCGGUCACGGGAGAGUGUCGCGCACGAGUCUUCUCUCCGCGCGCCGAAGGAGCCUCAGAACAAAGUGACCGUUGUGCUCGGGGCGCAGUGGGGCGACGAGGGCAAGGGGAAAGUUGUGGACUUGCUCGCAUUGGACGCGGAUAUUGUCUGCAGGUGCCAGGGAGGCAACAAUGCGGGUCACACGGUGGUCGUGGACUCUGUGGAGUACGACUUCCACCUGCUGCCGAGCGGAGUGCUCAACAAGAACGCUGUCUCCUUCAUUGGCAACGGAGUGGUGAUCCACCUUCCGGGUCUGUUUGAGGAAGCUCAAAAGAACCUGCAGAAGGGCAAAGGAUUACAAGGAUGGGAGACGAGAUUAAAGAUUUCUGAUCGUGCCCACCUUGUGUUCAACUUCCACCAAGCCGUUGAUGGAAUCCAGGAGCAGCAGCGGCAGCAACAAGAAGGGAAAAAUUUGGGAACCACUAAAAAGGGUAUCGGUCCUGCCUACUCCUCCAAAGCGGCUCGCAACGGACUGCGAGUCUGUGACCUUGUCUCAGAUUUCAAGGUUUUUGAGGGCAAGUUUCGCAUGUUGGCAGAACAUUUCCUGACGAUGUAUCCAAACCUUAAGUUGGACGUUGACGGUGAACUGGAGCAGUUAAAGGGAUAUGCAGAGAGACUGCGCCCCCUAGUGACUGAUGGGGUGUACUUCAUGCACAAAGCUCUUAAUGGUCCCAAUAAGAAAAUCCUGGUGGAGGGAGCGAAUGCCGCUCUGCUGGAUAUUGACUUUGGGACGUAUCCUUUUGUGACGUCUUCUAACUGUACUGUGGGCGGAGUGUGCACUGGCCUCGGCGUGCCUCCAUCAUACGUUGGCCGAGUGUACGGCGUCGUCAAAGCCUACACCACCCGGGUGGGCGUUGGUGCUUUCCCAACAGAGCAGGAUGAUGAGACUGGAGAACUGCUCCAGUGCCGAGGGAGAGAGGUUGGUGUGACGACGGGCAGGAAGAGGCGUUGCGGUUGGCUGGACCUGAUUUUGGUCCGAUACGCCCACAUGGUCAAUGGCUUCUCUGCAAUUGCCCUGACAAAGCUGGACAUUUUGGACACGCUGUCUGAUAUCAAAGUGGGCGUGGCCUAUUCGGUCGAUGGAAAACCUCUACCCAGUUUCCCCGCGAACAUGGACGUGUUGACGAGGGUGUCGGUGGAGUACGAGACGUUGCCCGGCUGGUGCUGCAGCACCGAGUCCGCUCGGCGCUUCGAGGAGCUGCCGCCACGCGCACAACAAUACAUUCGGUUCAUCGAGAACUUCCUGCAAGUGCCAGUGAAGUGGGUUGGAGUCGGCAAGUCCAGAGAGAGCAUGAUCAAACUGUUUUGAUCCGUCUGCCCACCUGUAGGCUCGGCUGGUUUCAGGUUUCGAUGGGAUUACUCUCCUCAAGUAAACCCUUCGCCAGCGAGGCCAAUUGUGAAACAUUUUGUUGCUGCUUUUGCAUCACAUUUUGCAAUAAUUUCUCCCAGUUACAAUUUAUGCAUUCCACACGUUUCCUAUAUUUAUUCGGGUGUUAAUCUUUCUAAACACGGUGCACACUGAUCGAUCGAUUCUUUAUUCCAUUCCAUGCAGUAAAGCACAGUUUUGUUUUUUUAACAUUCUAAUUAACCUUUUAGUUGAUAGCUGUUCUCCGUGUUUUUGUUCUUCUUUCUUUACACAUAUUUGAAGAGCCAUUGCUGAACAGAAGACGUAUUAAAGGGCACAACAAAAUAUAGCAAGAGAUAGUUUUCAGGCUUUGUAAUGAGAGGGGAAAAGGAUUGAAAGCCGUUGUGCGAUCAGUCCGACAGUGAACUUUUUUCUAUUGAACCAUUUUAAAACACUUUAAAAACAUGAAUGCAUCUCAGUUUGUUACAAUAUUGUUGGAAUAAACCUAGUGCUUUUUAAAUCUUCCUCAAAAUGUAUAAAUCGACGCUAAACAACUCUAGGUUGAAUAGCUGUUUUUCUUGAUGAUAAUUGAGUUUAAGUAAGAAUUCCACAUUCACACAGACAUUGGCUGGUCUCUGAUAAGUUUGUGUUGAUGUAAAAAUGUCCGAUUGGCAGUCGUGUUUCGGAGUAUAUUUCAAUAUGUUUCCUACAACAUUUCAUUCAUUGUCAGUGGCGUAAAAGACUCGGCUUGCUCUUACCAAUAAAAGGAAAGUAACAUUC